AUGUAUGGAGAUGAUAAUCAAGAUGAUCGAAUCCCAACAAGUUUCUAUUCAACAGAGCAAGAUUUUAUGGUGGAAAAGAAACGGGCAACAAGCAAGCUGAACGAUUGGCAGACUUAUGCUCUCAUUGUGAUCUACACAGCAAGUUCUCAAACACUGGUCAACGUCGCUGGGACAAAUUACACAGAACAAGCAAGAACCGUGGCGAUUCAUCAAAAUGAUGGAAUUGAUUUGAGACCGAUAUCCAACUAUCCGAGUUACCAAAUGUCGGAUUAUACAAACAUUGUUGAUUUGAUAACCAUUGCUUGCAAGCAUUUCCCAAUGAAAACCGUGACCAUAAAGAAUGCGAUUUAUGACUUGAACGCAUAUAAUGGUGAUGAAUCAAUUGCCGGAGCUGCGCUUCAUUUGAAUGACUGGCAAGAACAAAAUGUUGUGAUUGUUUUGUUCACUCAAAGCCCGCAAACUGAGAUUGAUCUUGCAGCUUCUGAGUAUCUGAAAAAAGUCGUCACCCUUGCAAUCCCGUUAGAUGAUUCUCUCGAUUUAACAAAUUUGGCUGCUGUCAUAAAAUCUGCACAAGACUUUCCCGGAAUCGGUGACGCAAUCGAAGAUUUGUGCUUGAGGAGAACAAAGACAACUAGUCCCGCACCAAUCUCAACGACUUUCCCUACAAGAGCUCCAACGAUUUCCCCGUUGGAUCCUUCAAUUUGUUAUGGUCUCUUUGUCUUCGAUGGUUCGAAACAAGUUACCGAUUUUGUAAGCGAGCAAAGCCUUGGUAGAAUAGCAGCAAUUCAAGCCUAUCAUAACUUGGAUUAUCCAUUCAAUGGAAAUGUUUGGAUGUAUGGAAGUGAGGCCGGGGAUGAGACGAUACCAACAACAUUUAUCGAAACAUAUGAUGAGAUUGGAGAUUUAAUUCUUGGCUUAGUUUCAUACAAUGGAAAUGAGAACGUCACGGGUGCCGUCAAUCAAUUGAAUGCUUGGAGUGAAAAUGAAGCGAUUAUUAUGCUCUACAGUGCCAGUAAUCAAGUCGAUAUUGAUGCAGCUGCCAAAAUUUAUCGGAAGAAAACGUCUACAGUGGGACUCUCUUGGCAAGAUAGGACUGAUUUGUCAAAGCUUGCUGCUGUUACUGUCAGUCCAACAGAUUUUGAUGGAGUCAAAGUGGCUUUGAAUACGUUGUGCCAAGCAAAAUUGGCGACAACGACUGGCAGCACACCGAAAACGAUUGUUGUU